ACGGUAUGAACCCUACCUGUUUGUUUUCUUCUCCUUCAAAUAUAUACUGCUGCUCUAUCGUUGCUUCUUGUUCUCUUUGAUUGAGUCUCUCCUCCUCCUGUCCUGUGGAUCCAAUAAAAUCUGGACCUGAGAAGCAUUCAACGAUGACGAUUCAGAUCGCGAAAUGUCUGAUCUCUGUGCUGAUAGCUUUGUUCUUCGUCUCCUCGGUGGUCGCGAGCUCAGACGCUCCCUUCAUCCUCGCUCACAAGAAGGCCACUCUCACCAGGCUCAAGCCUGGCAUCGAACGUGUUUCCGUCUCACUUGAUAUCUACAACCAAGGAUCUGCGACUGCUUAUGACAUAAGUCUAACUGAUGAUAGCUGGUCUAAAGAUAUUUUUGACAGUGUCAGUGGAAACACUUCAAUGUCAUGGGAAAGGCUUGAUGCUGGUGCUAUUCUAUCACAUGCAUUUGAAUUGGAAUCCAAAGUACAAACACUGUUUUAUGGUGCACCAGCAGUUAUCACAUUCCGUGUCCCCACAAAGGCUGCCCUACAGGAGGCUUAUUCAACUCCAAUCAUGCCUUUAGAUAUCCUUGCAGAUAGACCUCCUGAGAAGAAGUUUGAGUUGGCUAAGAGAUUGUUGGCAAAGUAUGGGUCAUUGAUCUCUGUGCUCUCGAUUGUGACUUUGUUUGUAUACCUGGUUGCAACACCAUCAAAAUCUGGUGCUGCAAAAGGAGGCAAGAAGAAGCGCUAAUCAUUAGAGAAGAUAGCAACAUCAGUAGCUUCCGUUAUCAGUCCGCUAUUGGAUUCCUUUAGACGUGAGAUGAACAAAUUAGUUAGUCUGCUACUCUGAUAUUUUGGGCAGUUUUUGAACACGAUGGGAGUAAACUUGUCAUCUUAUGCUCUGCUGUCCAAAGCUACUUUCUGUAGUUGUCUUUGUACAUUUCUUGAUCAGUGACCUCUGAUCAAUUUUGAACCCUAUUAAUUCUGUUUUUGUUGUUGUGGAAUAUUUAUGAAUGGGAUGCAGGCCACUGGAUGAUGCCUUCUACUUUGCCAUCUUUAUCUGACAUAGAAGAAAUUUCCAUCUUUUUAUUAUUA